GUGGGUCCAUUUGGUCAGCCUGCCAGCAGUCGCAGAGGGAAAAAGAGCAGAAGGGAGAAGCCGAGGAGGGGACAAACAGUCACGGAGCCGAAGGUGAGGUGAGAGGCAGACCACCAUGAGCGCUCUCAAGUUCUGCAGCGAAUGCAACAACAUGCUGUACCCGCGGGAGGACAAGGAGACGCGCACCCUCCUCUACGCUUGCCAGUUCUGCGAGCACCAGGAGGUUGCUUCCGAUACUUGUGUGUACAAAAGGGUUCUCCGUAAGCCUUUGGGUGAACCCAAGGAUGUCCUAAAGGAUGUAGCAGCUGAUCCUAGUCUGCCUCGCACCAGAAGUGUUAGAUGCUACAACUGCAACCAUCCAGAAGCUGCUUUUUUCCAGGCUCCAACUAAGGGAGAGCAAGCCAUGACGCUGUACUUCAUCUGCUGCAACCCGAGCUGUGGCCACAGGUGGAGGGACUGAGGACCCGGAUCUGGGAAAUCAGUUCCAAAAGGAUCACUAUUCACUCCAGAAAACUUAGUCGUAGACUAGCAGAUCUUGGCAUGAACCUUCACCGGGAUUGGAACGGUGCCGCAGUUAAGAAGACUUGGGUGCAAACCUGCUGGCUGGGUAAAUGUUGUCAACAAGAUCAGGUGCAGUCUCGUGUCUUAAUUUGCGGGUGUUGCACGCUUAUAAGCGAAAGGUGGUCGUGAUCUGAAAAGGAAAACUAUUCCGUGGAUUGCAAUGCACUGUAGUUUGUACUGAGGCCUGAGCCAAGGAGGUCAUGUGUCUUAAUUUUUUUAUGAUUUACUAUAA